AUACUCUAAGUGGGUCCUCUAAGAAAUCAAGCUUUAGUCCUGAAAAUGAAAGCUCAUACUUUUGGGUGUUUGAUAUUGCUGGCUCUAAUUAAAAGUUUUUCUUGUGAUCUCUUCAAACUAGAAGACUCCAGCUUGACAGCAGCAGAAGGGUCCUGCAUUGAAAUCAAAUGCGAAGUCUUAAAAGAAAUUACCCUUCAUAAUGCAUUCUGGUUUUGGAUGAAGGAUGCAAUUUGGACUGAGGGAAAAGAUUAUAGUGCAACUAUUAUUUACAGUUCUAAUAAAACACAACAACCUGUCAGUCCACACUUUGCCAAAAGGGUGGAAUAUGUGGGCUCUCCAUCUAAAAGUUGGGGAAAUGGAAAGUCAUCAGAGCCAUAUACAUGGUGCAGUAUUUUGAUCCAGGACCUGAAAAAAACUGACACAGGAAACUAUUCAUUUAGAUUUAUAGGAAGAGAAAAAUGGGUGACUAAACCAUUUAUGAAUCUCACAGUCACAGAAAAUCCAUGUCUGCUCACUUUUGAGGGAUCAAAAAACGUGACUGAAAAUGACACCGUAACACUUACAUGCUCUACAUCAAGCUCAUGUCCUUCAGACCCUGAAAUCAAAAUCACUUCGGGACAACUUUCCCCACUUUCAACAAAAUCACAGAAAUCUAAAGAGACCACACUGAGCUUUAAUGCCACUUGGGAAGAUGAUGGAAGCAUGUUUUCAUGCCAAACAGAGAACAACAGCGACAAAUGUUUGAUCCGGAAUAUCAGCCUUACUGUAGGAUACGCUCCAAAAAGCGUAUCAGCAAAUACGAGCUCUACAAUUGUAAAGGAAGGACAGUCUGUCACUCUCACUUGCUCUGCUAAAGGACAGCCGAACCCCUCUUUUAAAUGGAUGAAAAAUAACAAAGUGCAUUCCACAGAGGCCAGCUGGACGAUCCCAUCAGUUAAAAAACCCCACACUGGAUCGUACCAUUGUACAGCUCAAAACAGUCAUGGGAUUAAAAACUCAGAAGAGGUGACUAUCAAUGUUACAUAUGUUCCUGAUGUUGACAUCCAGAUUUCACAGGAGUCUCAAAGAAACCCAAAAGAAUUUAUGGAAGGAUACAGAAUCAAUUUUACAUGUUCUGCUAAGAGAAGCAACCCACCACCACUUUUCUUUACUUGGCUGAAAGACAAAAAAACUCUUAAACAGGGACAAACAUAUGUUGUUGAACAUCUUAAGCCAGAAGACAGCGGUAACUACACAUGUAAAGCUGAGAACACUGUGGGUUCUGGAUCAAAAACACUUGAACUUUUGGUUCGAUACAAGCCAAGGAACACCCGAAUUUCUUUAAAAAAUACAACAGUGAAAAUUGGCGGAUCGCUCCAACUCACUUGUGAAACUGAUGCGUAUCCCCACGAGUUGAGCUACUCCUGGUACCGUUAUAGGAGUGACUCUUCCCAGAAGACGUUUAUGGGUUCCAGAAACCCUCUUACCUUAAUGAAAGUACAAAGAGCAUAUGAUGCAUGGUACAUAUGCAAUGCGAGCAACAUUGUUGACAGAGGGGACACCAGUGAGCCGGUGCACAUACAAGUAUUAUUUCCUCCCAGCAAUACCAAGCUGCAUAUGACUGAUGAGGUCACUGAAGGCCAGACUGUCACAGUCAGGUGCGCCGCUGAAAGUUUUCCAUCAUCGUCUUUCACCUUGGCGGGACCUUUAACAUCAAAUUCUCAGACCCCAGAAAGUAUUUUGCCCACCAACGACUCCUACAAUUUUGCUGCAACUUCAGCCCACGCAGGUUUUUACAUAUGCAAAGCCACAAACAGUGAAGGAAGCCUGAAAAGCCCAAAGAAGAAACUGGUGGUGAAAUAUAUUCCCAAAGAGGUGAAAGUAGAAGCUCGUCCUGGUCUUGUUAUAAAAGAAAAUGAGUCAUUAACACUGGAUUGCAGUGCCAAAUCCUACCCAUCAGUGAACUCUAUCAUCUGGAUGAAGGCGACCGAUGGGCAAAAUAAAUCCACCAUUGGAACUCAGAUGAACUUCACUGUGAAAUCUGCCAGUGUCUCUGACAGCGGGUGGUACAGCUGUACAGCCACGAACAAAAUUGGAACUGGAAAUUCUGAGCAAGUUGAGGUUAAAGUUAAGUAUGGUCCAAAAUACACAAAGAUCAUAAAAGGACAGGAAGUACAGCAUGAGGAUGGGACAUAUUCUGUGACACUGACCUGCAUCAGUCGGUGCUAUCCUCCAGUCGAACACUAUUCGUGGUACUGGAGGACAGGUGAAAAACAGAAAGAAAAAGUGUCGAGCCAUCAGAACACCACAGUGAGCUCACUGCAGUAUGGGGAGCACUACUGUGUCGCAAGGAAUGAGAUUGGUGAAAAAGCAUCUGAGCCAAUCAGGCUGUUUGACGACACAGUUACGACGAUCUUGAAGUUCUUCUUCUUAUGUCUCGUUUUGCUCAUUUUAUGCGUAAUCUUCCUUUUGUACAGACGCAAGAGGAACAGAUUAACUCAACGGGGAACUACAAACGCGAGGGCCUGUGGUGGUUGUCUGGGCUGGCGGAAUGGAGUCAGAAGGAGCAGCGGGAAUCGGAUUGUUGUGACAGAGCCGUUCAGGAGCAGAGAUGACCUCCUGCCAGACCAACCGUGUCGGCCAAACGCCCAACGACACGAGCGUCAUCCAGACAGCACGACUGCAUCCAACAUAAACACAGUUUACUCUACCGUGAAUCUACCCAAAGGCAAACAGGCUGCCUCUGCACAAAAAAACCCAACCAGAGCACAUGGUGGGCACAUGGAAAAUGAUUCCCUCAACUACGCGUCUCUGGACUUUGUGAAAAAAAAAAAGGAUCCAGCAGAGGAUGCUGAGUACUCUGUGGUGUCAAAGCCAAAGAAGUCAAAAGAGAACGAACAAGAAAGGCUGCAGGACUAUGAGAACAUCAGUACAGUAGCAGCCUCCAAACCUCCAUAUACAUAUGACUUUGACACAGACACAGAUACCAGCGAAGAUGACGUUGAGAUCAACUAUACUCAGGUGAACUUUAAGCCAAAGUCUGGACACCAGAAAGCAAGGAACGACUCCAGCAGCAGCAGCAGCAGCAGCUCUGAAGACAGGACUCAGUACUCUGAGGUCAAAAUCUGACUUAAAAUAAUUUCAUCCUACUCAGAU